UUAUUUGUGGAUAAAACAGGGAAUAUGUAUAUUUUAUUCUUUGUGAAGCAUUUAGGAGUGGAUAUUGUUGCAGGUUUUUAACGAUAUUAUGCGCGUCUCCCACUCUCUCUCUCUCCAUCCAUCUCCAGAGUGAAGAGCGUGACCGCCCUCUCUUUCUACGUCUCAAUUUCUCUGUAGAGAGAGAAAUGAAGAUUGUGGAGGAGUUCCCUGGGUAAAAGAGGUUCGUGUAGAGAGAGAAAGCAGGAUUGUAGAGAAUUCCUCUUUUAUAAAGAGGAAUACAGAGUACUAUCCGCACUCAUCCAUUCUCUCUCGAGAGAGAAAGGAAGAACUAUGGAGAGCCUCGGAUUGGGGAUUUUCAACGUUUUUUCAUCUGAAUUACUGCAUUUUACUCAAAAUCCUUUACCACUUGCGCGUAAUGGCGUUACUCAUUUCAGGAAAUUCCGCAGAUGCUCGGUCGCCAAAAGCCCUCUUUCUGAAAGAGAGCUUGCAACUGGAGAUCUAGUGGAAUUCUUUCUUCAAGAUAGACAAUUAAAUGGAGAUUUUAUAUCAAAGGUUUCUGAUGUUCUCUGGAAAGGGGAUUAUUUCAAAUCGGUUGAGGAGGAUGUGAAAGUUGAAAAUCUACAGCCUAUUGAGGAGGUUGCAGAAGAUGAAAAUGCCGGAGGGUUUUUGAAAUUGACCAAAACACAAGACUGGAUUUUAGGUGGAGACUCCGUUCCCAUGAAUAGAAAGUCAGUUGCAAAGGAGUGGCAGAAUGACAGAGAAAGAAGGAAGAAUCUAAAUCUUCUCCAAUAUGAUGCAGUGAAGAGGGAAAUGUUGCUUUUAACAACGACGAUUGGAGCAGCUUGCAGUGGCUAUUGCUUGAUAACUUUAUCUCUUCAGGCUGCUUUAAGUUAUGCAACAGGAGUACUCUUCAGCUGUUUAUAUCUUCAGCUACUUUAUCAUCACUCAGACAACAUAUCAAGAGCCAUGGUGCCACAGGUUUUUAUGCAAGAGAAAUCCAAGAAGAUUGGGUUCCGAAGUGAUGACCUCAAAAAUUCGUUGGAAAGAACAGUGAAAGGGAGUGCCUUUGCACUUUCAUCCCCUAGGCUUGUGAUUCCUGCUGCAAUUUAUGGAUUGUGGGCUCUGUCACACCAGUUCUUGAAUGAUCCCUUUGAUUUUCAGUUGGUCCCAGCAAUGUUUGGGUUCUUUGCAUACAAGGCAGCUGCACUGGUUCAGGUUUACAGAGACAAUGAGGAUUUGAGAUUCAUAUUUCCAGAAGAAGACCCAGAUUACUGAAAAGACAGAAAACUCACUUUUGAUUCUAAGGUGUUGCAACCUUGGAGGAACCAAGUCUCUGAUGAGAGAGAAAGCUCUUGUUGAGGCUCUAUUAGUCUUGCCAUAAAGAGAGAGAGGAUCUUAUCUGAGCCAUUGUCUUGCCUCCAUUGAUUGUGCUUCGUAGUAUGUUUUGAUCUUGUAUAUCUCCACCAUGGCAAUUUUUAGAAAGCGCAAUUGCAAAUGAAAUAAUCUUAGUAUGUUUUGAUCUUGUAUAUCUCUACCAUGGCAAUUUGUAGCAAGCACAAUUGCAAAUGAAAUAAUUUCUUGGUGUUCA